AUGGCAGGGACUAAAACGACUGCUGAGAAGAAGGGGAAGAAGAGAAAGGAAGAGACGGCCGAUGGGGUGGAGAAAAAGAAGGCUAAAAAGGAUGCGACUAAAGAAGCACAUGCUAAAAGGGAGAGUAUGUCGAUCUUGGCUGCGCCGCGCCAAGUGCAGCUGAAGGUGAAAAAGGGCCAGGCUGCGGAGGACGCGAAGGUUGUCGCAAAGGAAGCAAAAAAUGCUGCGAAGGUUGCGAAGAGUGCUGCGAAGGACGCGAAGCUAGCCGCGAAGAUUGUUGCGAAGGAUGCGAAGGAUGUCAAGACGAAGACGGAGACAAAGGAAGAGAAGAAGGAGAAGAAGGGGAAAAAGGGGACGGAGACCUCGGAAGUUCGGAGGAGGAAGAAAAGAAGGAGGCAAAGGAAGUUACGAAGGGGAAAAAAAGGUCAGAAGACUACGGAGAUUACAAAGAAAAUAGAAAAGAAGGAGACGAAGGAAGAGAAGAAGGGGAAGAAGGUGAAGACGAAGGAGAUGGAGCAAGUGGUAAUGGGGAAGAAGAUGAACGACGUGAAAGAGGAGAAGAAAGAGAAGGAGAAGGAGAAGGAGAAGGGGAAGAAAGGGAAGGGGAAGGGGAAGGGGAAGGAGAAGGAGAAGGAGGAGGGAGAGAAGACAGGCAAGAAAGGAAAGAAGGGCAAAGAGGAGGUGAAGGAGGAAAGCAGUGAUGAGGAGAUGGAGGAGGCGAGUGAGGAGGAGAGUGCGGAGGAGGAGAGUGAGGAGGAGGAGGAGGAAGAGAAGAAAGAGGAGGAGGAGGAGGAGGAGGAGGAGGAGGAGGAGGAGGAGGAGGAGGAGGAGGAGGAGGAAAAGAAAGCGACAAAGGAGGAGAGCAGUGAGGAGGAGGAGAGUAGUGAUGAGGAAGAGGAGGAGAGUGAGGAAGAGGAGGAAAAGAAAGUUGUGAAGGAGGAAAGUGAGGAUGAGGAGGAGGAAGAGAAGAAAGUCAUGAAAAAGGUAGCAGCAAAGGAGGAUAGCAGUGAGGAGGAGGAGGAGAGUGAGGAGGAGGCUGAGGAAGAUAAGAAGGUUGUGAAGGAGGAGAGUAGUGAGGAGGAGAGUAGUGAGAAGGAGGAGGAGGAGGAGGAGGAGGAGGAGGAGGAGGAGGAGGAGGAGGAGGAGGAGGAGGAGGAGAGGGAGGAGGAGGAGGAAGAGGAGAGCGAGGAGGAAGAAGAGGAAGAGCAGGAAGUUGUGAAGAAAGAGGAAAGUAGUGAUGAGGAGGAGAGUGAAGAUGAAGAAGAGGAAGAGAAGAAAGUUGUAAAGAAGGUAGCGGCAAAGGAGGAGAGCAGUGAGGAAGAGGAGAGUAGUGAGGAGGAGGAGGAAGUUAAGAAGGUUGUGAAAAAGGAGGAGAGCAGUGAGGAGGAGGAGGAGGAGGAGGAGGAGGAGGAGGAGGAGGAGGAGGAGGAGGAGGAGGAGGAGGAGGAGGAGGAGGAGGAGGAGGAGGAGGAGGAGGAGAGUAGUGAGGAGCAAGAAGAGAGUGAGGAGGAGGAAGAGGAGAAGAAAGUAGUGAAAAAAGAAGAGAGCAGUGAGGAAGAGGAUAGUAGAGAGGAGGUGGAGGAGGAGGAGGAGGAGGAGGAGGAGGAGGAGGAGGAGGAGGAGGAGGAGGAGGAGGAGGAGGAGGAGGAGGAGGAGGAGGAGAGAGUGAAGAGGAGGAAGAGAGUGAGGAGGAAGAGGAAGAGAGUGAGGAGGAAGAGGAAGAGAAGAAAGUUAGGAGGAAGAGAAAGCGAAGAAUUCAAAUGUGAAGGAGACCAAGAAGGAAAGAGGGGGUCGGCAGCAGCAGCAGAAGGAGCAGCAGAAACAGCAGGAGGAGCAGCAGAAACAGCAGGAGGAGCAGCAGAAACAGCAGGAGGAGCAGCAGAAACAGCAGGAGGAGCAGCAGAAACAGCAGGAGGAGCAGCAGAAACAGCAGGAGGAGCAGCAGAAACAGCAGGAGGAGCAGCAGCAGAAUGGAUGGCAGACGACCCCUGCCAAGGUAUUUGUGGUCGGUAG